UAGUUGCAGCAAAACUGACACCUGGUGUGUGCGUGCAACCUUCCCAGGCCUUGUUUGGACUAUUGCCGAUAAAUAGCAGUGUAGUUUCCAUCUGAUUUGGACUUGGAAAUGGAACUGGUAUUUGCUCUACUGCUAGCAGUCACAACUGUGUCUGGGUGUGGCGUUCCCACCUACUAUCCCAGCCUCAGACGUGUUGUUAAUGGAGAGGAAGCUCGUCCCUACAGUUGGCCAUGGCAGGCCUCUCUGGAGUCUUUUUUCCCUACUUGUGGUGCAACACUAAUUGCUCCCAACUGGCUCCUCACUGCUGCACACUGCCUGACAUUCCACACAUACAGGGUGGUUCUGGCUGAACAUGACAUGAACAAGGAAGAGGGACCUGAACAGUCCAUCAGGGUGAAAGAAAUGUUCAUUCACCACAAAUGGAACAGAAACUGUGUGUCAUGUGGGAAUGACAUUGCACUGGUUCAACUGGAAAAAAAUGCCAUUAUCAAUGAUAAGGUCCAGACUGCUUGUCUGCCCCGACAUGGUUCUGUUCUUGCCCACAACCAGCCCUGUUAUGUGACAGGCUGGGGACGUCUCUACACUGGAGGCCCACAGGUAACCAAACUGCAGCAGGCCCUACUUCCUGUGGUGGAGCACAGUAUCUGCGAACAAAAUGACUGGUGGGGCAGCUCAGCCAAGACAACGAUGGUGUGUGCAGGAGGAGACAGCAAGUCAGCGUGCCAUGGCGACUCAGGCGGUCCUCUGAACUGUAAAGGCAGAGAUGGAAAAUGGUACAUUGAAGGAGUAACUAGUUUUGUGGAUGGACGUGGGUGUAAUACCCCCCAAAAGCCCACAGUCUUUACCCGUGUUGCCUCUUUCAUCCCCUGGAUCAACGAGGUCAUGGCCAAACACUGAAGGUAUUACUGAACAAUAAAGUAUGUAUAAAAUGAUA